CUUGAGUUCUCUCUCUCCGAUUGUCUUCCUCCAUUUUGGUACUGAUCAAACCCUAGAGAGCGAGAGAAGCCAUCAACCAUGGCGAUGAAACAUCUCCUAACCCUAGCUCAUCGGUCGCAGAGACGUCUGUCUCUCAAUCAGGCCGUGAGAUCGGCCUCAUCGGCCUCAGCCGUCGCCUCCGCGUCGCCGUCGACAUCCCCGGCGACCCAGACGCCUCCUCCGCCGCAUGUUAUGCCAUAUGACCGCGCGGCGGAGAUCGUGAAAUCGAAGCUCAAGAAGCUAGAGAAUCCGGAUCCGAGGUUCCUCAAAUACGCAUCUCCUCACCCGACUCUGACCACGCACAACCACAUACUUUCGGCGCCGGAGACUCGUGUUACGACCUUGCCCAAUGGUCUCCGGGUCGCAACCGAGUCCAAUCUCGCUGCGAAGACCGCCACUGUCGGGGUCUGGAUCGAUGCUGGAUCGCGGUUCGAGUCGGAUGAGACGAACGGUACAGCUCAUUUCCUGGAGCAUAUGAUAUUCAAGGGCACGGAGAGGCGCACAGUGAAAGCAUUGGAAGAAGAGAUCGAGGAUAUAGGCGGCCACCUGAACGCCUAUACAUCGAGGGAGCAAACCACUUACUAUGCUAAGGUGUUAGAUAAGGAUGUGAACCAGGCGCUAGAUGUGUUGGCAGAUAUAUUGCAGAACUCGAAGUUCGACGAACAGAGGAUUAACCGGGAGCGGGACGUGAUCCUGAGGGAAAUGCAGGAGGUUGAGGGUCAAAUGGAUGAAGUUGUUCUUGACCAUUUGCAUGCAACUGCCUUCCAAUAUACGCCGCUUGGAAGAACUAUUUUGGGACCUGCUCAGAAUGUCAAGUCAAUCACCCGAGAGGAUCUUCAGAACUACAUAAAGACACACUACACAGCUCCGAGGAUGGUGAUUGCUGCUGCAGGAGCUGUCAAACAUGAGGAAGUUGUUGAGCAAGUGAAGAAAUUGUUUACAAAGUUGUCGGCUGAUCCAACGACUACUACUCAGUUGGUUUCAAAGGAACCUGCAAACUUUACAGGUUCUGAGGUCCGAAUGAUUGAUGAUGACCUGCCCCUGGCGCAAUUCGUUGUUGCAUUUGAAGGUGCAUCUUGGACAGAUCCGGACUCUGUCGCUCUUAUGGUUAUGCAAACCAUGUUAGGUUCUUGGAACAAAAACGUUGGUGGGGGGAAACACAUGGGUUCUGAGCUGGCCCAAAGGGUUGCCAUCAAUGAAAUAGCGGAAAGCAUAAUGGCAUUCAACACCAACUACAAGGAUACUGGACUCUUUGGUGUUUAUGCCGUUGCUAAGCCUGACUGCUUGGAUGAUUUAGCGUAUGCCAUUAUGUAUGAGGUGACCAAGUUAGCGUACCGUGUUUCUGAAGCUGAUGUGACUCGUGCACGUAAUCAGCUGAAAUCAUCCUUGUUGCUUCACAUGGAUGGAACUAGCCCUAUUGCUGAAGAUAUUGGACGUCAGCUGCUAACUUAUGGCCGUAGGAUCCCGAGUCCUGAGCUUUUUGCUAGGAUCGAUGCAGUUGAUGCCAGCACUGUCAAACGUGUUGCCAACAGAUAUAUUUAUGACAGGGUCAGACAUAGCGAUCUCAGCGAUCGGCCCAAUCCAGGGAUUGCCAGACUACAACUGGUUCAGACGCAGAACCUACUGGAACCGCUACUAAGUCACCCAAUUUUAUCAUUGCCCUCUUCUCACUGUUUUAUCUCUCAAAAGUUUCGGUUGUCUGAAACAGAACGCUUCCUUCCCUUCCUGUCUAUCAUCGAAUCCCACUCGGGAUCCAGCCCUCCAGUGUCCCUCGGAGGGCAUAAGAGCAGGUGAUGAUGAUGUAUGAUUCAUAAUUUUUGGCUUCUUUGUCUCUUUGGUUUUUUUGUUUACAAUGACACUAUAAUUUUCAAAGAUCCCAAUGUGGCGGGGCCAGUGAAAUAAGUGUCAAGUACUCUUUGUUACUCUCUUCAGUGGUUUCAACUGCCACUAGAACAAGCCAGAGAUCUUUUUUUUUUUAUCUAAUUUGUUUCGACCAUUGGAGCUGAGAGAGAUCUCGGGACUAUGUGUAUGUAAAGCAUAAGCCGCGCUCACUAAUUGGGGCUUAAUGGCGUUCUCAA